AGGGAGAGAGUGGACCAUCAAAGACUCCGUUCAGGAGUCUGGAAGCCCAUCUUGAUGCUUCCCAAUGGGGAUGGGCCCAGCAGAUCCACCAACGGAGGAGCCGACACGCCCUGAGCUGAAGACUGAGCCCCGCAGGCAGAAGGAGUUGCAUGACGAGGGGGUCAUUACGAUAGUGGGUGAUAUUCCCCUUCAUACCCCAGUUCCAGAGCAAGUGCGGCAGCUUUGGCCGGAGGGAGUCCCUGAGCCGGAUAACGAAGAGAUUCCAGCGCCCCCGCCAGAGGUCACUAUAUCACACAGGCGGGAGACGGAGAUAAGAAGGCCAGAAAAAGGAUGGUGGGUUGAGUCUCGCGCGGUCAUUGACUCACGCUUAGCUGCACAUGCAUCUGAGCAUGCUGAUAUUGGGGUGACUAUCUCAGUUGGGCCAUCAUCAGGGUCACUGCACAUCGAGUCAGAGAUAGGUGUGCAUGCUCCAGCCAAAGAGGUCCGUGAAAUAAGGAUGGAAAGGGCGUCCGGGGAGACUGCAAAGGCAAAAUAUGAGAGUCGAAGGGAGGCAGCUCACCAGAGGUCACAAGAGGCAGGGCAGGCGGACGAGAAGGCAGAUGAGGCAAUAGAGAUUGGGGGACUGGGAUUUUCUGCCGCCAUGAUGGCUAUCGCGCGGGUGGACAAAAGGAUAUGCCAAGCAGCAACUACAUCCUUCCAUAGGUAUACCCUACUUAGUGACGAGCUGGCCAUCAAGAAGGGAGAGGUGGAACAAUUGACUGCUCAGCUUGCGGAAGAAAGGGUUGAAAACAAGGCCUGGAGGGCUCGCUUGGAAGCAAAAGAAGCUGAGUGGGAGAAAAAACUCAAGGAGAUGUCAACUGCAGUGGAAAGAUUUUCGGCCACUAAGGUGGUCGAUUGGACUGAACAGAGCAGAUAUGGCAUUCGAGGUGAAGGGAUGCAGGGACUGUUUGGACAGGGAGAGGCGGCAGAGACAUCUCAGCAGGAAAAGUUAAAGAAAGUGUUCCUGGACCCGGUUGAAGCAGAGGCGAGAAGAGAGGCUAACAAGGGAAGUUUUGAGUUUAGGGCCCCCACUGAGUUAGCCUCGCGGCAAGAGGCUCCUAUUUCAGCAAAGGCCCCUAUAGAGGUGCCAACUCAGGAACCUCAGCCUGCACCUGUUGAGGAAGAAGUUGCAGAGGAGUCACUCACGAUCCUUUUGGAAGUGCAGGAGGGGACCCUCACUGGGGCAGUGGCACCUCCUCAGUCUGAGGCACAAGGGAGAGAGUCGUCACGUCUAGAUGAGUUGGUGGCUGCCAUGGAGGUAGAUAUGCCGUCAGAGAGGCCUCAGAGAAUAGAGACCCUGGAGCAUGUGCCAGAAAUAAGGGAGUUGAGGGCACAGUUGGGCUCCUGAGCCACUGGGACUAACUCAGGAGCGCAGGCCACUGAGCGACAGCAGCAAGAGGCCACGAGCCAACCUGCAAGGGCAGUUACUGCCAAGACUUUGGA